UUCUUUUUUGUAUAUGGUCCUCCAAAUAUCUUUCCCAUGAUCCUUGCACUUUUUGGGCUUUCUUUGUUUUCUUGCUACCUCUCUCUCCCUCCCUCUCUUCUCUAUUCUAUUAUAUCCUUCUUUUCAGUCAUUCAUGCCUUUUGGUUUUGUCUAAACCGUACUCAAGACUCAGGAGAAAAUGUAUCACAACCAUCACCUCGGUCCAUGUUUGCUUUGCAACCCUCACAGCUACAUAAGAAUGGUUCAACAUCUUAUAGAGAGAUGCUUGUUACUUCACAUGAGUCGUGACCAGUGCAUAAAGGCGCUAGCAGAGCAUGCAAGCAUUAGGCCAAUUGUCACACUUACAGUAAAGAAUGUAGGACCCGGAAACAGAAAAGCAGGUAGCAAAUGGACUCAGGAGAAAAUGUAUCACAACCAUCACCUCGGUCCAUGUUUGCUUUGCAACCCUCACAGCUACAUAAGAAUGGUUCAACAUCUUAUAGAGAGAUGCUUGUUACUUCACAUGAGUCGUGACCAGUGCAUAAAGGCGCUAGCAGAGCAUGCAAGCAUUAGGCCAAUUGUCACACUUACAGUGUGGAGAGAGCUACAAAAGGAGAAUAGGCACUUCUUUCAAGCUUAUUUCCACUCUAUCUCUCCCAGGCCUUUAAUGGGUAGUUAUAUUCAAAGGGGGCCAAGAUUUGCAAGAAGGAAACACUACUGAAGUCAAUUGAAACAUACAUAUAUAUGUUAAA